GGGCGGGCACCUCCCAGACAGGACCGCGGUCCUGACGGCGUUUCCGGGCGGGGGAGCCGGGAUGUGCGUCCGGGUUGGGUCGGCCCCAGCGAGCGGUUUCCUCUCGUCUCCCUUCCUCCGCCGCCUCCCUCCCUCCCUCCAUCCUUCCCUUCCUCGCUGUCUCCGAGGCGGAGCCGCCGCCGCUCCAGGAGUCGGAUUGAUAGAUUGGUGAAUAAGCCAGAGAGGCACCUGAGCUGCAGAGAUGUUGGAAGAGGACAUGGAGGUGGCCAUCAAGGUGGUAGUGGUAGGAAAUGGAGCUGUUGGGAAGUCCAGUAUGAUUCAGCGAUACUGCAAGGGGAUCUUUACAAAGGACUACAAGAAAACUAUUGGUGUAGAUUUCCUGGAAAGACAAAUCCAAGUUAAUGAUGAAGAUGUCAGGCUAAUGUUAUGGGACACUGCAGGUCAAGAGGAAUUUGAUGCAAUAACUAAGGCCUACUACAGAGGAGCCCAGGCCUGUGUUCUCGUGUUUUCUACAACUGACAGAGAGUCCUUCAAAGCAAUCCCUACCUGGAAGGAAAAAGUGAUGACUGAAGUUGGAGACAUUCCCACAGUUCUUGUGCAGAAUAAGAUUGAUCUUCUGGAUGACUCUUGUAUAAAGAACGAAGAGGCAGAAGCACUGGCAAAAAAGCUGAAGUUAAGGUUCUACCGAGCUUCUGUGAAGGAGGACCUCAACGUAACCGAAGUUUUUAAGUAUUUGGCUGAUAAAUAUCUUCAAAGGCUCAAGCAGCAAACAGCUGAAGAACCAGAACUAGUACAUACAAGCAGCAACAAGAUUGGUGUUUUCAAUACAGCCAUUGGGAGUCACCCCAACCAGAAUUCUGACACCCUUAACGGCGGAGAUGUCAUCAACCUCAGACCAAACAAACAGAGAACCAAGAAAAGCAGAAGUCUUUUUAGCAACUGCAGCAUACCUUAGACUGCUUUUGGAGGGAAAAGAGAAGAGUAAACGUGAAUGGGAUCAAGUUGUGCAAUUGAAUGCAGAGUAAAGCUUUAGAGGUAUUUUACCAGUGCUUUAGCAAAUCUUGUGCCUAUGGGAUCCUUGCUUGGUGGAUUUAUCUAAAAUUGCUGAUGCAGUGUUUUUUGGUGUGUAGAGUGAGACACCUGGCGGCAAAGCGCAGAACUGUGGCUGCCCCGUGCACUUUUUUAACAAUUAUUAAGCAAACUUCUCCAUUUUGAAGGAAUUAUUUAUAGAGCUAUAAACUAGGCUUUGCAGAAUUGAGAAGCACCUGUAAAGUAAAGAUAAUACACACACAUAGGUACAGACUGUAACAUUGUGGCCCAAGAUAAACAACUUCAUGUCUAAAUUUCAAAGGAAGUGUCAGCAUUGGUUAGCCAGCACACUAAGAAGUUAGCAGAAGAGCAAAGUGAAGACAUCACAUUGUAUGCCUUUCUCUGUUAGCGUGGAUUCUGGUGGUUCUGUCAGUUCGAUAUGCUCCUGUUACAUGUAUGUUUGUGAGGUAUGUAUGUAAAUGUUGGGUAUGAAUACUUUUGCUAAAUUCGGGUGUAUUCAACACGUGGAGGUCAGCUACUGAUGAUGAAAUAGCAUCUUCACAAGAAUUUUUCCUUUUAAAAUGUUACCUUUCAGAUGAGGCUUUCCCAGCUGCUGCUGUGUGUGUUGAACUUGCUAUACUUGGGCCUGAACGCUUAGAUUUAAAAAUAGACAGUGCCAAAAACGCUCCUUCUUUUUACCUAAUGCUGCAUUGCAGAUGUUCUUGUAAGUUUGGCUUUCCUCAGUCUUAACAGGUUGAUCAAAUAAGUGUUUGACACUAAUAGAUAUCCAGAUGGAACAGUCAUAUUCCUGUCCAAGUGUGAUUGCUGUGUCCUGUACCAUCCAUGACAAAGGAACUUGCAAGGUGUCACAAAAUACUUAUCUUCUUUGGAGAAAUUUCUUGUAGUCCUGCAAACCAGGUUGCAGAGGAUCCAAAACACACAGCUAAUUACUGAUUUGCAGUAAUGAGACAUUCCUUAACGUUGUUGCUGCUACUUACAGAGAAUCUAAUUCUGCAAGAUCGGAGACAUGGCAAAACAAUUUUCAAAGUACGUAAGUAAUUUUAUAGAACUGAUUUAGACAUUUAGGAGCCCAAAUCAAAAUUAAAGAGAUUUGGGUUUAGGUUCCUAAAUCACUACGGUGCUCUUAAAAAUGCUAAGCAAGAUAUCUCUUAUUUACCAAAAAUAAACACUUUUUAAUCCUCUACAAGAGCAUGCAUGCCUUUUAGAAAUACCCAUUUUGUUUACAUGGUUUUGUAUUGUAUUAUAUAAUUUUAACUUUCUAGGAUUUCUAUAUCAAACCUGCCAGUGACAAAUGCAAAAUAUGCUGCUUGAAAAAAAAAAAUCAGAAUUUUAAUAGUUUUUUAAACAGUGUAUGAGAGUGAGAAUGACUCGACUGAUCCUGUAUAUUUUUGGAGGAAGGACUUUUCACUGUGUGAAUUCAUAUAGGAAGCCUGACUUAUUUUAUUUCUAAGUCGAUGAGGAUGAGAACUGUGAUGUACUCUUGUCCCACUGUCCGCAGGGAAAGAAGUGGGUGGCAAGUUGUGCACAAACACUACAGAUCUCUGAACGCUGUAUUUGAUGUUUACUCUAUUAGACUUUCUACCGAGUACCUUUGUGUCUCUGGCAAGCUGCCACAGCAUCUCCAGUUGCUGGCAAGAAGGCGGUCCUGCAGGCGCUUGGUACCCUUUGCUGUUGCAGCAAAAUGUGUUCUUCACCUGAACGUUUCCUGUAUUCUCUCUUGGAUAGAUGCCUUUAUUUUUAAGAAGUGCAUUUAAUCACUGUACGUAUGUAUAAAUGGAGUCAACUCCUACUUGUAACGUUUUAGGUAAGGAACUUAAGGUAUGGAAACAAAAAGACCUAUGAUUGUACAUAAUGGGGCCGUCUUACAACUUCAGGAUGUAGGGUAGAAGGUGUGCAUUAGGAAUUUUGUCAACUGUUUUUAAUAUGGAAACUUUUACGUUUCAUUGUCUGUUUGAGAGUUUAACCAUUAUAUUUGUUUUUCCUGAAAAAGCAUACGAACUCACAAAGUGUCUGAAGCAUUUUUCUUGCCUUGUUCGACUUUGUACAGAGUACUGAAAAAUCUUUAUGUGUAACAACCAUUUGUACUGACACAUCAUUCAUCAGACAUUGUAUGAUUACAUAAGCCAUUUGUACUGAAGGUCCUUUGCUAUAAACUAUUUCAAGAGUGAAAACUCAAUGGAAAUUUUCAUAGAUGAGAGACUUGCUACAUUUAGGAUACACUGAAAUUUAGUACACACAUGCUUUCAUCUAGGAAUAUCUGUUUCAGGUGCUGGGCAACAGGAAGUUUGAAUUUCACUCCCAUCAUAAGCUGAAGUGGCUCCUUCUUUGUUGUGAUUUGCAGUGCUUAAUUUCCACUCUGACUGAGGUGGAGACUGUCCAAAUCAGCAUUUUUUCUGGAGAUUACUCUGCAUAAGCACUGCUUCAAAGUGUACUUUUUAUCCCUGUAGUUUUAGUGUGCAGAUGUGAAGCAGAUGCCUUGCAUGUGGCAGGCAUCCAUAUGUAUCCAUGCCACUGCUCAGUGGGAGAGCCGUUUGACUUCUGGAUGAGGAGACGUGCCGACACUUCCGGCAUUCAUGUUGUUGUGUGUGAAUAACUUUAGUUACAAACAUUGCCCCCUCCUCCAUUCAGUGGUCUCAUGAAAACGCCAUGUUUUAACCACCCUUCUGUGCCUGCAAGGUGGAAGAGAAUACAAUCCUCUGUGACACCUGCGGCAGGUCAGCAUUCUGUGCUCUGUGCACACGUGCCUAUCACAAGUCAAAGUUUUAUUCUUAGAGCCUGAGCUAAGUGAACUCCUGUUAUCCACCGACAUCUCUUAGUAGCUCGCUGGAUAUUUUAUUUAGCUCUUGGCAAAAUUCUUUGCUUUUAGUUGAUAAAGCUAAGGUGGGUAGAACACUUCAGUGAAGUAAGCAUUCACUAAAGGGCCCGACUCUAAAGCAUCUGCUGCUCCCACAUGACAUCCAUUCAGUGAAUGGGUGCUCUCCUGGUGAGUGAGGCGUCGUUGGGUGCACAGCAGCAGUGCCAGGGAUGCAUUUCCAGCUAGAAAUAACAAAUCUCAGAGUUGUAAGAUUGGGCACGUUGAGAUUUUUGGGCUUGUCUGAAGUGGAAUAUUUCUUUUUAUGUCAACCACACACACACACACACACACACAAUUCUGGAGUUUCUUAUUUUCAGCAUUACUUAAGGUGAGAUUUACCCUUUGUGAUCAAAAUGUCCAAAUUACUGUCAGUCUAAUUUCCUGAUUCAUUUUGUUAAAACCAGUCUCUUUGUUGUUUUCGAUGUUGGGCACAUCUGACGUUUUUCUUUGCAUCACUUCUGUAGAUGAACAUUAUUCUAAAAGGAAUUGAGUGGCUGAAUGCAUUGUAUGGCUUUGAGGUUACACCUGGGUGCAUGCACAAUGCCAGUGAAUGAGCUAAUAGCUACCAGUUAAUGAGUAACAGAAUUAAUUACUUGCACUGCCAGAAUGCAGGAAUUCAGUCAUAUAUCAAAUGAACAAACCUGCUGCUUGGUACCUAAGUCCCUAAAUCUAAUCACCAGCCUCUGGCUAAGGCUGUAGUUCCUGAAAUCAAACUGUAUGCAAAACAGAGAGCAAGAGUCGGUCCAAGAAGCUUGACUUCAUCAACACCACCAUACCUCUGGUAGGAAGUGACUAUUGCACGUAUCAUUUUUUUAUGCCCAAGUGGUAUUGGCCGAAGAAAGUACUUCUGCUAAAUGGAGCAUCCUAAAAGGUAAUCAAAACUCAUGGCAGAAAAAAAUGCAGGAAGUACCAAGAUGAAAAGUGCUGUGGUAAAACGUGAGAAACUCUCAGUUCCGUGCUGAAGACAAGGUCCAUCUGAGCCACCUCCCGACCAGGUGCACCCUUGUGCUAAGCUUGCUCUCAGGUUUCUGGUAGGAGGGUGACACUGAUCAAUAAUUUGUGGAGUGAGUGGUUUUUCCUCUCCUGACGCAAGCAUGGCUCAGCAACCACCUGAAGUUGCUAAAAAACAAACACAACAAAAGCAAACCCAAAGAUCUGGGCCAGGAGAAAUGCUGUUGUCAUUGCAAAGAUAAGGACUCAUUGCUACUAAUACAUGACUGAAUCUUACUGGCAAGUUCACGUGAUCUAAAUGGCUAAAGCAGAUGUGUACAUAACUGUGUUUGUCACCUUCACAAACUCAAGUAAAUGUAGUAUAUUUUUAGAAAAAAACUCAACCUAUCUUUCAGUAAAUUCUCAAGUGGUAAAAUAAAUGUUUAAAAAUGAA